AUGAUGAAGGCCAUCGUCCCACUGUGCUUGCUGGUGGCCACGCUUCACCUCACCGUCCACAGCCUGACCCAGACCAACCACCACAAUGACAAGCCCAAGGCAACUGACCCCCAAGAGCCACAUCCCCAUGAAGGAGAUCAUCUUGGGUCCUGCCGACAGAUAAUCCCCAGCAACACAGACUUUGCCUUCCGGUUUUACAGGCAAGCAACCAUCCAAGAACCUGGCAAGAACAUUUUCUUUUCCCCAGUCAGCAUCUCCACUGCCUUUGCCCUGCUGGCCCUGGGCUCCAGAGCCACCAGCCAGGCUCAGGUGUUGGAAGGGCUGGCCUUUAACCUCACCAACACCCAGGAGGAACUGAGCAUGGGGAACACCCUGUUCAUGGACAAACACCUGAAACCACUGAAAACAUUUCUGAAAAACAUAAAAAAAUUGUACAAAGGAAAAGUUGUUUCUAGUAACUUCCAGAAUUCCACUGAGGCUAAAAAAGAGAUCAAUGAACAUGUAAAGAACAAAACCCAUGGGAAUAUAAACCAAAUACUUAAAGACCUCGAUCCAAACACUCUAAUGGUAAUCAUUAACUACAUUUAUUUCAAAGCCUACUGGGAAAAUCCUUUCAAUAUUAAGAGGACUCACAAGGAUUAUUUCCAUGUGAAUGUGAAGACCUCAGUUGAAGUGAAUAUGAUGACUCGAGAUGGAUUUUAUAAAACAUACUCUGACAGGAAGCUGUCUUGUGAGGUGGUGCAGAUUCCUUACAAGGGAGAUGUUGCAGCGUUGUUUAUCCUGCCCAAUAAAGGAAAAAUGAAACAGUUGGAAGAUGCCCUGACAAAAGACACCAUGUCUAAAUGGGAAAAAUCACUUGAAAGACGGAGGAUAGAAGUGUAUAUUCCAAAACUAUCGAUUUCAGGCACCUAUGACUUAAAGAAGAUAUUCAUGAAUAUAGGUGUAACUGAUGUGUUUUCUGACCGGGCUGAUCUGUCUGGAAUCACAGGAAAGCCUGAUGUGAAGGUUUCAAAAGCUGCUCACAAGGCCCUGCUGAAGAUCCACGAGAACGGCACAGAAGCUGCAGCAGUCACUAGCACAGAUUUUCUUCCUCAUUCUGUUCCUCCUGUCGUUAAAUUCAAUCGUCCAUUUUUGCUGUUCAUUGUUGAUCAAUAUACUCAAAGCAUCCUCUUCAUGGGAAAAAUUGUAAACCCAACUGAAAAAUGA